AUGCACAAGACACUGAAGGGAAGGUACUGCCACUGCUGCUGCUGCCAAACCUGGAAACAACGAAACGAAAUCCCCGACCAUUGCCCGACACUUCGCCGAUUUCUUCACUUUCGGUAUCUUUUCUCUUUGCCUCAUCAUCCCGGGAACUUGCAAGACAUCGCAUCCAAUUGCCCAGCUGCCCAGAAAAACACAGAAUCAAUCUAUUUCUGCAGACAAAUCCGCCUAUCCGCACCCGAUUCGAGCAAGGCGUUACGAAAUACCUUCCUCGACCUGACUAUCCUGCCCGCACCUGGUGGAUCCCAUUUGAUACAACUUUGCCCCAAAACCCAACCUUGGACGUGUCACAGUGGUACUUUUUCUCCGUCACCAGGUUCCAUUCAAACUCGAUUGUUUGCUGUUUCUCGAGUUUCUUCUGCCACCUUUUCAGGCCUCAGACAGCCAGAAUUUCCGAACCACAAAAACUACGCCCUCCGAUCGUCCGAGCCAAAACAUCACUAUCUUAGCCCUUUCAUCCAGGAUUCCACUACUCCUCCGUACCCAACCAACCCCCCGUAUCCAAGCCGUUGCUCUGCCGUACAGUGUAGCCUGCGCCCUGCAUCUGUACAUACCUACCUAGUGUCUGUAUUCUGCAGCCCGCCCGUCCGCUGCAACCACAUCAACCUUUCUGUACGUUUCUGCAACUCCCGGAGCGCCGCGCUGUGA